AUAUUACAGGACUAGACUAUAUAGUAUAUACUGCACUUUACUGUUAAACACAGUUCUUUGUUGCACCAAAAGUAAACUGCCCUAUACUGUACUUCACUUUACAAUAGUGUACUGGACUGUUCUUUGGUGUACUGUGCCUCUUAAAAUCUUUCUCUACUUUACUGUACUGUACUGUCUUGUACUUGACUACACUAUAUGACAAUGUUGUUGAUGAUGAUGUGGUUACUGGUGUACAGUUUACCUGCACUAGUGUCUGCACAGCAAGAAACAGACACUGUACAGCACACACACCAGACAAACAGAGAUCAAGGUUCUGAGUAUACUUCAGGGAUAGGCCAACACUGCACAAGGGACUGCUCUUCAACAGCCCCACAUCAUAGUUUACAUAUAGAGGAUGGUUAUGAUCAUCAUUCAGUACCCCCUAGUCAGGGGCCUAUUAGGGUCCUAUUUUCUAUAAACCUUCGAAAUGUUCUUGGUGUAGAUGAGAUAGGGGAGAGGGUUUCUUUAGAAACUACACUUAGAAUGUACUGGAAAGAUCGCAGACUAAAAAUUAGAGAUGAAUUCCUUCCUUCAAUUAAUAAUUAUCUUCAUUUGGAUAAUAGAUUCGCCAAUCAUAUCUGGAUACCAGAUAUAUUCAUAGAUCAGGCGAUAAGUUUACGGCAGCCUAAACUUCACCUUACCCCUAUAUCCUUGAGAAUAUAUAAGAACAGUACUCUUAGAUAUUCAACCAGAGUGAACUAUGAUGUUGCUUGUAAUAUGGAUUUCCAUUUCUACCCCCACGAUGUUCAAACUUGUCUCAUCAAGUAUGAGAGUUUUGGUUUGACUAAAGAUGAGAUGUACCUGGAGUGGGGGCAGGAUAAUAACGUGAACAAGAACAUAUCCCUUGCACAGUUCGAUGUUACAGUGGAGCUGGUGUCUGAGUAUAGUACAAGCUACUAUGAUCUAUCCUACCCGGGACUCAUUCUCAAACUCACUCUCAGAAGAAAGCUCAGUUACCACAUGGUUCAAACAUUUCUCCCAUCUGCAGUGUUCCUUUGUAUUGCUUGGUUAGCUCUCUUCCUGCCCCCUUCAAGAGAAUAGUUUGAUUAAUAUAUAUAUAUAUAUAUGUUUAGUUACCACAUGGUUCAAACAUUUCUCCCAUCUGCAGUGUUCCUUUGUAUUGCUUGGUUAGCUCUCUUCCUGCCUCCUUCAAGUAUUGCUGAAAGGCUCGCAAUGGCGAUGACGAUUAUGCUGACUCUGACCUCGAAUUUCUCCAGUGAACGAAG